AUGCAAUUAGUAUCGCGCCCGGAACAAUUCGAUGUUAUGGUUAUGCCAAAUCUCUAUGGCAAUAUCAUUGAUAACUUGGCCGCUGGCCUCGUUGGAGGUGCAGGCGUGGUUGCCGGCCGUUCGAUUGGCUCCGACGCGGUCAUUUUUGAGCCAGGAGCACGCCAUUCUUACCAGCAAGCUUUUGGAAGGUGCAUUGGCAUUCUAAUUCGUUUCAUCUCUAUCAAUUCUUAUCCCUCUCUUAAAUCUUUUUUUUAUCUUUUAAUUCGUUUUUUAUAA